AUGUCUGUACCUCCUCAAAUCCAGAACUUCUUGAAUGACGUUGAUAAGAGACUUCAUGAGCCUUCUCCUAUCACCAAUGUCUUGCAAACUGUAGAACAGAAGACUGGAGUCAAGAGACUUCACAUAGUACUUGGUGUACUUGGACUACAAGCCUUUUACCUUGUCUUCGGACAUUUCGCUGAGCUCGUCUGCAACACAAUUGGAUUCAUCUAUCCAGCUUAUUGCAGUAUCAAGGCUAUCGAAAGCAACCGUAAAGAUGACGACACCCAAUGGUUGACUUAUUGGGUGGUCUUUGCCGUACUUAGCGUCCUUGAAUUCUUCUCUCAUCAAAUUCUCUCCGUUUUCCCCGUUUACUGGCUGUUCAAGGCAGCUUUUCUUAUCUGGCUCUAUUUCCCAUCAACCCUCGGAGCUUAUAAGAUCUAUCACAAGUUCUUGAGGCCUUUUGUUCUUAAGCAUCAAAGUGGAUUGGAAGAGAAAGUCGGCAAGGCUGCUGACGCUGUUAAGAACGCCAUCAGAGACAACGUCAACCAACAUUUGGAUUAG